UUCUCCAUGUGGAUUUACACAUUGGACCCAUGUGAACCGGUUGAUAAUUAUUUCGUAAAGAAAAAAAAACAGAGAUAAGUAAAUCGACGUUUCUCGGGGAGGAAUCUGAACUUUAUCAACCGCACGACGUAAAGCCUGCAAAAUCGCGACACGAGAAAUCCGACAAUUUGUGCUUUUGAAAUUGGUCAAUCAGGUUAAGAAUGUCGGCUUUUCUAACAACAAAAUUCCUUAACUACGUGGGGUCUUUGAGCAAAUACUCGCGGGCUGGUGUUUUGUCUGUUCGGCAUUUAAAUUUGUUGGAAUAUCAGAGCAAGGAGCUUUUGAAAGACAGCGGGGUGUCUGUGCAGAAUUUCACGAUUGUUGACGACGUAAAGAAGGCAGACACUGCUUUGGAUAAAUUCCGGGUUGAUGAAUACGUGAUCAAGGCUCAAGUACUCGCUGGAGGCCGAGGAAAAGGAUGGUUUGAUAAUGGGUUCAAAGGGGGUGUGCAUCUGACUAAAGAUCCACAGAAAGUGAGAGAGAUCGUGAAGCACAUGUUGGGUCACCGUCUGAUCACCAAGCAAACCGACAAGGAUGGUAUCUUAGUCCACAAAGUCAUGAUUGCAGAGUCGGUGGACAUAAAACGCGAGACAUACGUUUGCAUCCUCAUGGACAGGGGCAGCAAUGGGCCUGUCCUGAUAGCAUCCCCAGCUGGUGGAAUGGACAUAGAAACAGUGGCUGAAAAAAACCCCGAGCUCAUCAAAACCGUUCCCCUGGACAUUUACUACGGUAUAGACGACAAUAUCGCGAAGGAAGUUGCAGAAUUUUUAGGGUUCGCUGAGGAAGAGGUCAACACAAAGGCGAUCUACGAAUUGAAGAACUUGUGGAAAUUGUUCGUAGACAUUGACGCUCUGCAGAUCGAGAUCAAUCCGUUCGUUGAAACAGCGGACAAGCAGGUCGUCGCUGUUGAUGCGAAAAUUUCUUUCGACGACAAUGCGCAGUUCAGGCAGAAGGAUAUUUUUGAGCUGGAAGACACCAAUGAGAAGGACCCGAGGGAAGUUGAAGCCUCAAAGUUCAAUCUUAAUUAUAUCAGUAUGGAUGGAAAUAUUGGAUGUCUAGUAAAUGGUGCGGGAUUGGCAAUGGCAACGAUGGAUAUAAUAAAAAUGAACGGUGGAGACCCAGCCAAUUUUCUCGAUGUUGGCGGUGGUGUAACCCAAGAUCAAGUUUUCCAGGCAUUUAGAAUUGUCGCAGAAGAUCCAAAAGCGAAGGCAAUAUUCGUCAACAUCUUCGGUGGAAUUGUCAACUGCGCGACAAUCGCCAAGGGAAUAGUUGCAGCAGCAAAAACAUUAGGAAUAAAGAAGCCAGUGGUCGUCAGGCUGCAAGGAACAAAUAUGGAGGAGGCUCGACAGAUCCUCCAGGAGUCGAAACUACCGUUCACGAUGGAGAACGAUCUGGACGUAGCAGCGAAGAAAGUCGUAGCUGCGAUGAAAUCAUAAUUAGAAUUCCAAAAAGAGCCCAAUUGAACAAAAGACAACAGGUCAUUACCAAACACAAUUGAACUCAUUUUACACCAGGGAAAGGAGAUAUUCCAGUGGAAAUUUCAAAAUCUCCAACACAAUUUGUUAUUUGUUAUACUCUAGGUUUACGAACACAAGAAAUACAUUUUCAUUAUAAAAAACAGAGUAGAGAAUAAUUCCUUUAAAACUAACGUCACAAGUACUUUGAGUACCCAUUAGGAAAUUCCGGUCAUGGAGUACUCGAAUGGCAGCCAUCGUCGAUCGAUCGAAGGAUCUACGGCCUCACCUAGAUCCAAUAAACUUGAGCAGGUAGUGGGGCAUAAAUAUCACGACUCGACUCCAACUAUUUCGUAAUUGUUUACAUUUUGGUACGAAACGUAUUAUCACCUCAGGAAAACAGAAUAUAUAGA